AUGAACUCUCAGCGUUGUUCGCAUGGAGACGAGGAGAAACGAGUUUUGGAUAAAUCAAGGAGUUUGCUCAACUGGUUGACGCAACGGAACUUUGAGAAGAUAAAGGAUGAGAUUGUCCAGACUAUAAGACGAUCUCCCUCCGCUCUCGUUAUCAAGUCUCUUGUGUGCUGCAUCUUCGACAUGGCAAUGGUGGACAAUGCAUAUGUCUUAUUCGCUCGUCUUUGCGUCGAGCUUUUUCAUGCGCUUCCCUCUUUUCCAUCAGACGGCGAGAUUACCACUUUUGGGAAGCUCUUCUUUCGCAAGUGCCGCAUGGAGCUCGAGAGAUCGUCUCCUGAAACAGAUAGACCACCACUUGUGUUUGUUGAGGAGUCAGACUGUUGGAGAUUCAUCAAGACCGUCCGGCUUUUGGCUGAAAUUUUCAAGAAUAGGAUGCUCACUGAAUCAACUCGCCAAAGCAUCAUUCAGGUGCUUAUGAAUCCGAUCUUCCCACCGGAGAGGAACACCGAUGCUAUGAAUUAUUUCCUGUCCUCCAUUGGCAAACUUGCAGACUUCCAAUUUUGUGAUGAAAGUUUCAAGCAGCUACUCCAAAAUUCUCAGAAGAGAUACGAUGAACAGGCUAGGGUUAAGAAGGAAGCAGAAGAAGCGCUUGCUAGAAAGAACGAAGAGCUAGAGGUGAUGAAACGGUUACUUGAGUCUUACAAGGAAGAACAAGGUCUUCUGCUUUUGCAAGCUCAAGAAUCGGAGCAAAACCACCAAAAGGAGCUGCUUCUGAGGAAAGCGACUGAAUGUGCGCUUGCUAUACAGCGGGAAACGAUUGAUAAGGCUGAGCUUCGACUGGAAACUCUUGAAAUUAAACAUGAUAACAUGUGUUCCAGAGCUGAGGAGCUCGAGAGCAAGUACGAGGGCGAGCUGCUUCUCAGGAAAGAAUCAGAAACUGCGCUGGCAAAAGAGAUGAACGCCUUGGAGGAGAUGAAGCAACUGCUUGAAACUUGCAAAAUUGAACAAGAGAACCUGUCCUCGCAGGUCAGAACUUGGCAGGACAAAUACGAGCAAGAGUCGAGCCUGAGGAAAGAAACAGAGGAUGCUCUUUCGAGAGAAAAACGAGAGCUGUUGAUUGUCAAAGGACUGCUCGAAUCAUUCAGCCAAGCAGCGGCUUUGAUGCGACAAGAGAGGGACGAUGCUCAGAAAACAGAGGUCAUGGAAGAUCCACACAUUGCUGCGGAUGGAUUUACAUACGAAGCAGAGUCUAUUAAGAAAUGGCUUAGCACGGGUCACGACACGUCGCCCAUGACAAAUCUCAAGCUUUCUCAUCGUACCCUUAUCCCUAACCGCGCCCUCCGGUCUGCGAUUGAGGAAUUUGUUUGA